UAUCCAUCACGAAAACAAGUGGCAUGUUUUCGGGUGUUCUAAUUUGAUUGAUGGGGUCUGAAGUACCUUUGGUUUUCCUUCAUCUUGGCGACACAAUUUGAUGUAAAUGAAACACACUAACAUGUACCACAUGUUAUAUCAAUGCAAAUACUUUCUAAUUCAACGGAAUAAUAUAUAAUCUCUCAGUCAUACAGAGUUACCUACCUUGAGUGUUGUCUGCUAGAAAAUGAAUUGUCGGGUUGCUUUCCAUUUUCUCUGUGAAAACAGCCUAACAUGCACAUUAUAUCGACACAUAUCUCUUGCUAACCUACAACAGUACAGGACGAACGCGACUCAAACUACAAGACAGAACCAACACAAUCCAAAACCAAAUACACAACCUCCUGAGAGUAGUACGAAUGACUGGGUUGGUCCGCCUCAUUCAGUGUCAAACCUCCGUCCAGUCAAGUACUACAUUCCUCCCAAUGAAACUCCACUUGAGAAGAAUUAUAGAGAGCGCAGGCAGGAAGUGUGGAAAUGGAACCAGGAAUUCUGGGAGAAGCACAACAAGUCGUUUGUACAAGAAAAGGAGGAGUAUGUGCAAUCAAGAUUAGCUGAUAAAAGAGCAUCAUUUAAAGGGGAAGGUGAGCCCCCUCAGACCCUGUCAGCUGAUGAGAUGUCCAUCUUCUACAAGCGCUUCCUCAAUGACAACUAUAAGGGUCACAUUUGGUAUAACAAGGAAUGGUACAAGAAAAACAUUUCACUUUUGUGGCCAGCUUUGCAAGUCAGCUUAUCAAGAUUCAUGACAAGGUUAAAAAGAUCCUGAUGCAGAUAUAAGUUCAUUGAAAAGACGGGAAAA